AUGGCGAUCCCCGUCUCCUCGAGUACGCGUGAGGGCAUGCAACAAAAGCAACGAUUUAGGCAGAAAUUCCUACGACACCACUAUCGCCGCCGCUCCCCUCCACUCAAAUCCGCCUCGUCUGCCUCGCCGCGCACCACGAUGCCGCUGACCAAGGAGCGGAACAAGCGCAGCUCCGGCUCGGGGUUUCAUCCUUUCAACGGCAGGAUCAGCAGACAUCUUGGUUCUUCGCUUUCCCCGGACGAAGCAUACCUCAGCUACCACGAUGUGCGCCUCAUGCGCGACGACAUCGACUCGAUCAGGGACAACGACUGGUUGACGGACAAUGUCAUCUGCUUCUGGGAGGAAUAUCUCGAGCGCGAGAAGCUGUCCGAAUACCCCAAAGCCAACAUCGUCCUGUUGCGUCCCAGCAUGUCGUUUAUGCUGCAAAAUACCAAAGAUCCGCUCACCCUCAAGUCGGCGCUACCCAACUUUCAACAGACCACACACGUCUUCCUGCCGGUAAAUGACUGCCGCGAUGUCACCGCCGCAGAGGGUGGAAGCCACUGGUCUCUUCUCCUGGUGAGCAUCGUGGAUGGCGUGGCUUUCCACUACGACAGCCUCGGCAUUUCCAACCUCCAUGAUGCUAAGCUCGUCUCCCACAAAAUCUCACAGCUGCUGGGAAAGCCACUACGGUUCAUCAACCUCGACGACUGUCCGCAGCAACAAAACAGCGUGGACUGUGGAGUCUACGUGUGUCUUCUCAUGCAGCAUCUGCUCAUGUCGAAGCUGCUCCGAGCUCAGGCCCACGACAAGAUCAGCAUGAGCAUGCGUGGGAAGGAGGUCGACGCGUUUGGAGGUCGAAAGGAGAUGAUGCGCAUUAUUGAGACAAGGRGGAAGGAGGGUGAGAGGCGAAGAUCGCGCAGUCACAGCCCUUACACCUCCUCCAAGUCCAAGUCUCCCCCUCGGAUCGGGGUGGAGAAUGAGGACGUGCCAACAUCAUCCUAG